AUGUCGGCGAGCGUACUCGAGUAUGGCGCACGGGUGCCGCACGCUUUAGACGGUGGCGAAGCCAAAAACACCGUCGGAACCGCAGCCAAGAAGAAGAAGGACAACUAUUCCGACGCGCGGUACGGUCUCAAGCACGGCGGAAGCGAGGAGUCGCACGCGCAGCAGAUGAACGCGAUGGGCUCGGGACGGUACGCGUACCUGAACGACUUUUACAAAGACCUGAACAAGGGUCCCGUCAAGCUCGACUUUGCGGAGAAGCCCAUGUCGGAGAAGGAGCGCCAGGCGGAGGAGGCGCGCGCCGAGUCGGCUGCGAUGAUGAGCCGCGCUAUGGUGGGGGGGGGCGUGCUGGUGCUGGCCUUCUUUGGCACCUGUUGGCAGCUGACCAAGUGGUACUUUGGGAUCAAGAGCGUGUGGGAGUUCAACGAGGUGAUGCAAAAGGUCUUCCCCAAGGUGUCGAACGACGCCAAAGACUCGAUGGUUGGUCGGCAGCUGUCGGAGCUGUCCGAGGCUUCGCGCGACGCCAUCGCCGACAACGAGUCGCUCGCGGCGUGGCGGCGGCAGGUGCGGCAGGAGUUCAACACGCCGGAGGGGGCGGCGCUCGCGCGCAAGAACUCGAUCAUGAUGGCGGAGCGGCGGGCGCAGGAGAAGCUCGCGCGCGACGCGUCGAGGGCGGCUAGCGGCUCGGUCGUGGCGGCGGCGCCUCAGGCUUUGGCUGCGCACGACGAGUCGCCGCUGGCGAUGACGGCGAACUUGGUGCGGCGCGUCUCGCUGACGCUAGGCAAGGGCAGCUAGAUGCGCACGCGCGCUUGCAUCCGUCCCGAGUGCCACUCGAGACGUCGCGGCCGGCUGUCUUAAUUAGCAGCUAAUUAACAGCUAAUUGCACACUCGAGACGUCGCGGCCGGCUGUCUUAAUUAGCAGCUAAUUAACAGCUAAUUGAACACUCGAGACGUCGCGGCCGGCUGUCUUUCGGCAGCGUUGCGAGCCGAGUUCACACAGUCGCAUACACGCCCAGGCAAAGGCUCUGAGAUACAGCCGAGGUACAGCCGAGAGGCAGCCGAGAUGUGCUGUCUUUAAUUACCAGCUCGUUAACAGCAAAUAGCAGCCCUCUCGUGCGGCAGGCAAGGACGUCGACGCCGAGCCGGUGGGGAAGGAGCUGCACGGCAAGAUCUCGCGGCGCAUGUCCAAGACUCUCGGCAAGGACCCCGAGAAGAUCGCGUGACGUGUGCGCGUCUGCACGUGUGCGGCCCGCGGGGCGGGGAGGAGCGCUGGGUGCAUCGGAGCGUCCGCCCUCACCCCCCUCCUGGCUUGCGCGGCGUUUGCGUCGCGCUCACGCGUGCACUUGGUGACGUCUGCCGCGGCCGCAGACCUCGCCCUCGCGGUCUGCGCCCCCCCCGGAGUGCGGUGGGCUGCGCGUGGCGCCCGAUUAGGACCUAGGUUUGCGGGGGUGAGAGGGCGAGGCACUCGCUCACCCCGUCGGGAGCACCGGUCGAAGGGAGCUUGUGUGCGCGUCUUCUGUGAUGUGUACGCAGGACGGCCGCGCUCGUCUCUCACGCGCGUUCACGGGGGGUACUUGUGUGGUCGGUCUGUGUC